AGAAUGGAAUAUAUGGCUGGAGCACAUGCAAGUACUGGCAGCUGCAGUUUCUGUGGAACAGGACAUAUAUCUCUGAUAUCUUCUUCUUAGCGAGUCCACACACAGGAUUAGAAGGUACACAAAAAUGAUGGAGAAACUCAGCGGGUGCAGCAUCAUCUAUGGAGCAAAGAAAAUAGGAUUUUGUUCCCAUUCGGAUCCUGUAGAGGCUACAGGCAGAAGCAGUGGCUCAGCUCUCAGACGACAGCGCCCUCGUUUGUAUGCAUCGGCUUCAGAGGAUGAGCUCCACCGCCACAGGGCUGAAAACCGUGGAUUACGAGAUCUUCGGAAUUGUACAGGGUGUCUUUUUCCGAAAGGUAAGAUUGCUGACUCCCAACGGGUCUGUUUCUCACCACUAUGUCCUCCCUAUGUCACACAAGGUACCGGACUGUCAAAAUACACGGUGGACCAGGCCCAAAAACUAGGCCUGGUUGGCUGGGUGAAGAAUACGACAGAAGGCACGGUGGCCGGUCAAGUGCAGGGCUCAGCGGAUAAAAUAGACAGCAUGAUGGAUUGGCUGAGGUCCGUGGGCAGCCCAAAGUCUCGGAUUGACCAAGCCCAUUUCUCCAACGUGAAAAACGUCUCCAACCUGGAGUUUAACGAUUUUACAAUCAGACACUAAACCUGAGGCGCCGCAAGAUCCGACGCUCGUCGUGAUCGCUGACUUCACUGCUCUUGUCAUCCAGCUGGGAGGAAAGGGUGAAUAUGAGUGAUUUGGGAAGGAAACAGGAAUAUGUGUUGGUUGCUCUCCGUAGAGUUGCCCUGUAAUUUUCACAUCAAAUCUAAACCUCCCAUCUUUUGUCGUCUUGACGGUCGCCUCACGUCAAUGUAUUGACAACGUCGAGUGUUCACUGUUUUUGCAACACUGUCGGUUUUUCAAGAUGGCUUCCCAGUGAGAGAUGUCGCUGGGAGAAGAUCCGUUCUUUGCCUCCGGGAAAAUCUGGCCAAAUUUUUCUCUGUUCGUGCACUCUUCCCAAAGUUUUAUUAGUGACUGAGGCACAAUCGAAUCUGAAUGCAUGCAAAGAAAAUUACUUGAUCAUAUUUGUUUUCUCGCUGUUAGAAGUGGCCCCAUUCUUGUUGGCCACUGUUUUUGACGGGGUUACUUUAAUGGAGGGCACGGAGGAUUUCACGGCUGUGGAGUCGAAACCCAAAGCACCCAACUCCGACUCCUUGAUUUGUUGUGUAUCCGACCCUGACCCCGACCCCUAGGAUCGCCGCAGCCCUGUAAAAUACAGGAGUAUCUCUUAUUUGAGCAGAUUUGCAUUUGGUAAUGUGGGGGCGUUUGAAGAAAAAUGACCACAUCCUUGAAUUAUUUUGUUCAAAGUGCUUAAAUCUGGACUACAUUAAACCAGAACCUUAACCAUAA